GAUGUUAGAGAAGAUGAUGGCAGGAGAAGCAAUCUCAAAUGCUUUCAUCACACACAAGUCAACUGCUGCUGCUGGAUCCAAUCCUCCUCCAAUUAAGAAGAAGAGAAAUCUACCAGGAACCCCAGAUCCUGAAGCAGAGGUCAUAGCCCUGUCACCAAAGACUCUAAUGGCUACCAAUAGAUUCUUGUGUGAGAUAUGUGGGAAAGGUUUCCAAAGAGAUCAAAAUCUUCAACUUCAUCGACGAGGACAUAACCUUCCAUGGAAGCUCAAACAAAGGACUAGCAAAGAACCAAAGAAGAGAGUUUAUGUAUGCCCAGAAAAGAGCUGUGUUCAUCACCACCCUUCACGGGCUCUUGGUGAUCUCACUGGUAUAAAGAAACACUUCUGUCGAAAACAUGGAGAGAAGAAGUGGAAAUGUGAAAAGUGCUCCAAACGGUAUGCUGUGCAGUCAGAUUGGAAAGCACAUUCCAAAACCUGUGGCACUAGAGAGUACAGAUGUGAUUGCGGGACUUUAUUUUCGCGGCGAGAUAGCUUCAUCACACACAGAGCUUUCUGUGAUGCCUUAGCAGAAGAAACAGCUAGAGUCACUGCAGCAUCAAAUAUAAUCAAUGCAACAACAGGAAACUUCAAUCAUCAUCUCAUGGGUACUUCAUUAGGACCCAACAUGGUACAACAUUUCUCUUCUAUUUUCAAGCCACACCACAGCAAUGAAGAGGCAAUUGCAAUUAAUCAACCUAGGCCACCAGGUCUUGCUUUGUGGAUGGGCCAAGGAUCUCAAUCUAGCAAAUCAUUAAGCAAUAAUCUUCCUCAAGUACAUCACAUGGGUUCUGCGAGUACCGCGGCGGUGGCGGCAUUGUAUACUGAUCCUUUUACUUCAUAUCCAAAUCCUCCACAAUCAGAGUAUCAAUUAAAUUGGGCUUAUGGAAUUAAGCUCUCUGAGACCAAUGCCAGAGAGAUGACAAGCACAUCACUACCAUUAAGAACUAUUAAAGAAGUUGGUAGUCCUCAACUUGUUAGUGUUCCAUCACUGUACAGCAAUCAGCACCAACAUCACCAACUACCUACAGCAAACAUGUCUGCGACAGCUUUGCUACAAAAAGCUGCUCAAAUAGGUGCAACUUCAACUGACCCAACUUUUUUUGGGAAUUUUGGAGUCAAUAAGUGCAGCAACACUCAAGUUGAAGAUGAAAACAAUUAUGAAGGAUUGUUUGGUCCAAACCCGACACAGAAUGAGAAGCAAACUGGUUUAUCUACUUUGAACCAGCUGCAGAUGUACCCCAGGAAAAGCCCUAAUUGUCAGAAGGAUGAUACAGGAGGGGAAACUAGGGAUUUCUUAGGGGUUGGUGUUCAAACCAUCUGCCCUUCAUCCAUCAAUGGAUGGAUCUGAUUACAAAUUGGUUUUCAUGAAUUGCAUGCUUGUCCAUAAAAAAGCAUAGUUGAUGAUAAAGUGGGGUUGGGGGCU